GAGCCUGCUCAACAGGUGCCGGCCGGGCGACCUGGUGGAGUUCGUGUCGCAGGCGCAGUACCCGCACUGGGCCGUCUACGUGGGCAACUUCCAGGUGGUGCACCUGCACCGGCUGGAGGUGAGCCACAGCUUCCUGACGGACGCCAGCCAGGGCCGCCGCGGCCGCGUGGUCAACGACCUGUACCGCUACCCGCCGCUGAGCGCCGGCGCCGUGGUGCGCAACGCGCUGGCGCACGUGGGCGCCAAGGAGCGCGAGCUGAGCUGGCGCAACUCGGAGAGCUUCGCCGCCUGGUGCCGCUACGGCAAGCGCGAG